AUGUCGGGCAAUGAGACUCCCGAUAUGGUUAAAGCAAAGAGUGGAUCUCCAUCAUCAGGAGGUAGCAGUAGUAACACGUUACCUGCUCGUCCAACUUUGAGAGAUAGGGAUCCUAAUGAUAUUGAAAACAAAUUGAAAGAUCAAAUUGAAGAACAACCUACACAAAUCCCUUUGUACCUGGAAUUAAUUAGGUAUUAUAUAUCAAAGCAGCAGCUUUCAGAAGUUAGAAACUUGUUUUCUCAAUUGCAUGAUUUGUUUCCUUUGGAGUCAUUCCUUUGGACGAUUCAUUUAAAUUGGGAAUUAGAGCAAGAUGAAUUCACCCAAGUGGAAACUUUAUUGGCCAGGUGCCUUUCUGGAGACCUAGCAAAUAAUGAUUUAUACUUGUGGUCUACAUAUUUAGGUUACGUUCGGAAGAAAAACAAUUUGAUUACUGGGGGUGAAGAAGCUCGCGCUACUGUUUUAAAGGCAUUCGACGUAGUAAUGGAUAAAUGUGCUAAAUUUGAACCGCGGUCGACCCAAUUUUGGCAAGAAUACUUGCACUUUUUAGAGCAUUGGAAACCGGUAAGUAAAUGGGAGGAACAACAGAGAAUUGAGUUAAUUAGGAACUUGUACAAGAGGUUGUUGUGUUUACCAGUGGAAUCGUUGGAAAAGUAUUGGGAAAAAUACACACAAUGGGAGCAAGAAGUAAACCAAUUAACGGCAAGAAAAUAUAUAGGUGAACUCUCUGCAGGAUAUAUGAAUGCCAGAUCUGUGUAUCAAGAAUGGUCACACUUAACUAAAGGUUUAAGAAGAUCUUUGCCUACUAAGUUGAACCAAACGACAUUACAGAACUUGCCUCUUCCCGGAAAUUAUGAUACAAAGCAAUUACAAAUAUGGCUGAGAUGGAUUCAGUGGGAAACUGAGAAUAGGCUAGAGCUCCCAGAUGAGAUUUAUAACCAGAGGAUAGAUUAUGUGUACAGACAGGCGAUUCAGCAUAUGUGUUUUUCUCCUGAAAUAUGGUUCAAUUAUGCAAUGUACGUCAAAGAGGGCAGCGAGAAACUUUUAGAGAUGGCAGUUAAAUGUAAUCCAGGAUCAACUGUGUUAAUGUUUAAGUUGGCAGAGUACUUGGAAUUGAGUAAUAAAUUAGCGGAACUAGAAGAAUGCUUUCAAGGUUGUAUAGAUCGGGUUUCAAUGGAUUUACAAAUACUGACUGACACUUCAAUGGAUCCUAUACCAAUAUAUGAGCAAACACGAAAAUUAACUUUUAUAUAUUGCGUUUACAUGACCACGAUGAAAAGAAUAUCUGGCCUUUCUUCUGCAAGAAAAGUCUUCAAAAAGUGUCGGAAGCUAAAGAAAAGCUUGACACAUGAAAUUUACGUUGAAAAUGCGUAUUUGGAAUUUCAUAAUAACAGCGACUAUAAAACUGCCUGCAAUGUACUGGAAGUGGGUCUUAGAUACUUUCAGGAUAACGGGGAGUAUAUCAACAAAUACUUGGAUUUCCUAAUCUUAGUUAGGCAGGAUGCACAGAUAAAAUCUCUCUUUGAGACUUGUAUUGAUAAGAUAUACGAUUUAGACCAGUUGAAGGAAAUAUACAGGAAAGUUAUAAACUAUGAAUCGAAAUUCGGUAAUUUGAAUAAUGUGUACGAAUUGGAGAAGCGAUUUUUCGAAAAGUUUCCUCAAACUGAAAAGAUCCAUGUGUUUACUGAUCGGUAUCAGGUUCAAGGAGAAAAUCUCCUUAAGCAAUUAGAACUUCCGUACUUGAGUUAUGAAUAUGACAUACCUGUUGUCGGCCAUAAUGGCCUCAAGAGAAAUCUAAAAAGUGCAGAUAUUUCUGGAGAGCAAAAUGGUGUAUUGAAGAAACAAAGGCAAGAGCAUAAUGAAGCAAUUCCGUUAGAGAUUAUAGACGUGUUGAAAUUGCUGCCUAAACGUCAGUAUUUCAAAACUGUUGUAUUGGAUCCACAUAAACUAGCAGACUUCCUUAGCGACAAAGUGAAUAUUCCGCUUAAUGAAUAG